UGGUUCCGAGCAUAUUGAGUAUUGACAAGCAGAAGUGUUGUUUCUUGUGAGCAAUAGCAUCAACGAAGCUAAUUCGAAAUACCUAACUAGUCAACAGCCUACAAAAUAAUGGAAAUCUUUCUUAUAAUGUUAGUAUAUUCAUCGAUACACCUAAAUUGAUACGUGAAGGAUUCUAGUUGUAGCAUUUAAAUUUCACCGAGUAAAAUGGAAACAUAUGAUGCCAAAAACAUCCUACUCAUCAAGGAAGAUCCAUUAAACAAUCCAGUAGCGUUUGUCUCUUCAGCGAUAGAUUUCCCAAAGCCACACCACUGCGAGAUAUGUGGUAAACAAUUUACCCGUAAAAAUUAUUACGACAAACAUGUUUUGAAGCAUGGAAACGAAAAACCAUUUAGUUGCGAUCUUUGCGAAAAGAAGUUUUUAUUCAAGAGUGCCUUAAAAGCCCAUAUGGUCGUCCACACUGAUGUCAAACCAUAUAAAUGCACUGUUUGCGGAAAAGAUUUUAUUGCUCAACACUUUUUAACUGUGCAUAUGUCUAGGCACAUGGGUGAUUAUCGACAUACAUGUGAUAUGUGUGGCAAAGGAUUCACUUCUAGUACACUUCUGAAGAGACACGAGAGUGUUCAUACGAGUGAUAAUCCGCACAAAUGCCCUAUUUGCGGAAAAGAUUAUUCCAAUAAAGGCCAUUUUACGCGGCAUAUGUCUACUCACGAAGCCGUAUAUGAACAUAAUUGUGAUAUGUGUGGCAGAGGCUUCCAUGAUCGUUCAAAUUUUCAGAAACAUUUGCGCAUCCACACAGGAGAGCGACUGUUCAAAUGCAGUAUAUGUGACAAAGAUUUUAAUCGUCAAAUUCGUCUUGUGGAACACAUGCGCCUUCAUACAGGUGAACGACCAUACCAAUGCAAUGUGUGCAAAAACGGUUUUAUCACUAAAAGUAGACUUAAAUAUCACAUGUCUGUUCAUACGGGUGAUUAUCGACAUAAGUGUGAUGUGUGUGGCAAAGGGUUCUCUAUGAGCACUUUUUUGGAAGUACAUAGGAACAUUCAUACGGGUGAGCGCCCAUUCAAGUGUACAGUAUGCGAAAAAGGUUUCUCUAGUAAACGUGUUCUUAAACAACACAUGUUUAUUCAUGGAACUGAGUAUCAAUACAAGUGCGAUGUGUGUGGCAAAGGCUUCCAUGAUCGAUCAAACUUUAAGGUCCACGAGCGCGUUCAUACCGGUGAACGGCCGUUCAAAUGCACUGUAUGUGACAAAGGUUUCAUCUGCCAAAGCCUUCUUGUAACACAUAUGCGUCAUCAUACGGGCGAGCGACCGUACUCGUGCACUAUAUGCGGGAGAGACUUCAUUGCUAAAAACAGUCUAACCGAACAUAUGUCCAUUCAUAAUGAUGAAUACAGGCAUACGUGUGAAGUGUGUGGUAAAGGAUUCAUGAUCAAGUCACAAUGGGAAGGACACGCAAAUAUUCAUACGGGAGAGCGGCCUCAUAAAUGUACUAUUUGUAAUAAAGGUUUUACUAACGAAGACUAUUUAAUCAGACACAUAAAGGUUCAUCAGAACAAGUAAUUUUGUUCACCGGUAAAAAGUAUAUAAUAUCUUUGUAUAAUUUUUAACAAUAGUUAGUAGUUGCUAUGAACCAUCAGGAAUUGAGUGAAAAAAUACAACUUUAUCACAUCAUUCUACAGUGCAUGUUUAUAUAUUCGUAUGGUACUUCAUCAGGGUUUUUUUAAAGAAGGUCAUUAGAAUUAUCCCGUACAACUAAAGCAACGGCGAUACGAUACCUCAAAUUUGAAAUGGUUCGUUCGUUCGUUGAACAGAAAAAAUGGCCCGCGGCUAAAUUAGGCUAUUCCAAAAACGGUAAAGUCCCGAAUUGGCCUCUCGACAACUUCGAGAAUCUGUGUUUCACAGAUCUUCAAAAGUACACAGUUUUCCUAAAUAUCAAAAACUGUGAAGGCGCCAUCCGGCUUAUUAUUUUAGUUCUAAAUUAACAAAUGUCAUUUUUUUUGUCUCAGUAAGCUGUGCGCUAGAGCAGACCCUCCCAUUGGUUGGUGGGCUUGACGGUAUUGCAAACAUCAUCACAUACAAUCAAUUAGCGUUACAAUUUGAUAAAGAUAUGCGUUACAGCUUUUAGUUUCAUAAUUGAAUUAAAUGAAUAACAUAUGGAACGACUUGAAUAAGAUGUUGAUUGCAUUACGCUCCAACAUCCGGGGUUGGAGAGGCCGGUAGGGCUUAGCUGAGUUCUUUUUAUGUUUUAUUUUCAUACUACCGGCCCUUAUUACCAGUGAGAAGUGACAAUUAAGUGGAGUAAACGUAUCCCAAUUGGGUUUCACACGAUGACAAUAAAUGAACGGUAAAUCGAGUCCAUCUUUGACGUUUAUUGGUGGUUUGUGUACCAUGGAAUACUGUGGAAUGAAAUAGAAUAUUGUAGAAUAGAAUGAACUAAUAAUAAUGACCGAACCAAUGAGAAAACCACUGAUAGCUGUCAAACGAUGUUCAUCCAGUUUAUAUUGUGAGGAUGUAUCGUUUGGGACCUGAUGGGUGGGAUGAUGUGUGAGUGAAGUGUAAGAGUAAGCAUGUAAAUGUAAGCAUGCAAGAAUGGUAAUAAAGGCCACCGUUUCAGCUCAGGACUAACGAUCGACCAUUAGAAGAGAUAGAAAUUGGGUAACGGUACCCCCAUUCAUCUCAAAUCCAUUAGUCAUUUCAUAUACGAGAACCACUAGUUAGAGUGAGAUCUGUUAUCUCUGUUUGAUAGAUUAAUUUCAAGAGUAACAUGAAAUUUGGAGCAUUUUGCUUCGUUAAAAUAGCAGUAUUGAACCAUUUCCGAACUACUUUUAUGCGCCAUUGCUUCUUACAGACGAGGUAAAGAUUUUGUAUUCGAUUUUAUCAUAAUAAACUUAUUGAAAGUCGAGCAAUCGGUAAAAUAACAUGGUGACUCUACUAUUGAGAUGACUAAAGGCACACAAAUUUUAGUUAGAAUCUAUUAGAAUAGAAAUAGUAACUCAAUGUUGUGAUGCUUGCUUGUGGAAUACAUGUAGGUAUGUAUGCAUGUGUGUAUGCGUGUGUGCCUGUGUGUAUG